UUAAUCAAUGAACCUCGCUGAUACAUGGCAAACACUUCAUUCCCAGUAACUGUCCUUUGACAGCUCUAACAAGUGGGAUCUGCUCGGGAUGGUAAUGAUUACAGUGCUGACUCACAGAGUGUUUUGCCGUGCUGGCAGGAGCGCACCAGCGUGGUGCUCACUUGGAAGGCAUUUUGCAUUUUGAACCAAUCUGCAUUUUUAAUGCUCUGACUGCCAGCGGUUUUUGGUGGCUUUGCGGUGCUGAGUCCUGGUUUCCCUCCAGCAGGGGCUGGAUGGGGAUGUUCCUCUCGCUUGGUGCCCAGUGAGGGGAGCAAGGUGGGGGUGUCCAUGGGCUCUCCAUGAUCAGGAGCUCCACGUGGGCUCCUCACCGCGCUCACACACACAUCAUGGGCAGACCACUGAGCACGUUUAAGACACAGUCUGUUCCAGCCCCUGGUGCAGUCCAAACCUCCACUUUGUAGCCCCUCUCAGUGCAUCACCUUGCAGCAACAGCAUGCUGCAAGGAGCCCAAGUGUCAGCACCUCAAUGGGGAAAUGAGAGCAUCAGGACAGGGACGGCCCUGCGCAGGGUGAGCCAGCCUGGCUGGGGCUUCUCAGCCACAGGAAAACCAGCCGAGAAGUUUCCGUGAACAAAGUCUUGCUGCUGCUCCAUUACAGCUCCCGCAGCCCUUAAUGACCGUGACUAUGAAGAGGCCUUUUGGUUUUCCUCUGAUAAGGAUUUUCCCUUCCAAGCACACGGGGAUGAAGCGGAGGGGCCGAGGCAGUGCUCACGUGUGCGGAGCAGCUAGAAGCCAGGGCAGACCUCGCUGCAGGGAAAUUGCAACCCCCGGAAAACUGUUCCCCUAAUUACAGCCUUGAAGCAUGGAGCAAACCACAUAAGUGAUUCACACAGCGUUCCCAAGCUGCAGCCGCGUGAAUUGGAGAGAUUUCCAAACACUGCCGCGACGUGCACGCUAUUAUCAGGAUGGAAAUACGGAAAUUUUCAUCAUAAGGAGGCAAGGAGGGGAAAAAAACACCAUUAAAUGAAUCUCUUCGAGUCAAGAAGACCUGAGAGGUGUGUCCCCGGUGGAUCUGCGUAGGACAUAGAGCUCUCAUGGCAGGGAGCAGGCUGGCAGGGCACUGUAGAAAUGCUUGGGUUUGUUAUCGCAGAGCUCAGGGCCCGGCCUCUGCUCGUGAGCGGGGUGUGAAAGGGAGCAGGCAAGUGCACUUGGGGAGGGAGAAAGGGAUGGAGCUGGCGUGGAGUGGAGUUAAAAGUGGCCCAUUGUUAGGGAAGUUUGCUCUCCUCACAUCAUCACAGCUCCCAGCGACACCGCUCUGCCUUUUGAAGUGCAACAUUAGGCGUUUCCUUGUCACCCAUUGGCGCAGGAGCUUUUUUACCACAUUAAGUCAUUGGGUAGCAAAUGAAUGGGGGGUUUUGACUAUGCAGAACUUCACCUUAUAAAUAUCAGGGUUGCAGGUUCCUGCAGCUUUCCUGGACCCGAAUAUCUGGAGAUACGUCGGGACACGGCGCGGCAAGGCAGCCCUGCCAGGGACCUGCGGGAUCAGCGGAGGGAGCCGGGUCCCACACUCUGACAGCCAUGAGGGGCAGCACCUUCCUCCUCCUCUCCAUCGUGGGCAUCUACGGUGCUGUUCUCAACGCAGCCGCAUGGUCAGUGAAUAACUUUCUGAUGACAGGACCUAAGGCGUACCUGACGUACUCCAGCAGCGUGGCGGCGGGCGCCCAGAGCGGGAUGGAGGAGUGCAAGUUCCAGUUCGGAUGGGAGCGCUGGAACUGCCCCGAGAGCGCGCUGCAGCUCUCCACCCACAACCGCCUGCGCAGCGCUACUAGAGAGACGUCCUUUGUGCACGCCAUCAGCUCCGCUGGCGUCAUGUACACCCUGACCAGGAACUGCAGCAUGGGCGACUUCGAGAGCUGCGGCUGCGACGACUCCAGGAACGGGCGCGUUGGUGGCCGAGGCUGGGUCUGGGGAGGCUGCAGCGACAAUGUGGAGUUUGGGGAGAGGAUUUCCAAGCUCUUUGUGGAUGCUUUGGAAACAGGACAUGAUACUCGCGCCCUCAUCAACCUGCACAACAACGAAGUUGGGAGACUUGCUGUGAAAGCCACGAUGAAGCGAGCCUGCAAGUGCCAUGGGGUGUCAGGCAGCUGCAGCAUCCAGACGUGCUGGCUCCAGCUCGCUGACUUUCGGGAGAUCGGCAACUACCUGAAGAUCAAAUAUGACCAAGCCCACAAGCUGGAGAUGGACAAGAGGCGGAUGAGAGCCGGCAACAGUGCCGACAGCCGUGGGGCCACAGCCGAGACCUUCCACCACGUCCACUCCACAGAGCUCGUCUUCCUGGAGGACUCCCCCGACUACUGCACGAGGAACGCCAGCCUGGGCCACCACGGCACCGAGGGCCGCGAGUGCCUGCAGACCGGCAAGAACCUCUCACAGUGGGAGCGGAGGAGCUGCCGGCGGCUCUGCACAGAGUGCGGCCUCAGAGUGGAGGAGAGGAGGACAGAGGUGGUCAGCAGCUGCAACUGCAAGUUCCACUGGUGCUGCACGGUGCGGUGUGAGCAGUGCCGGCAGCUGGUGGCCAAGCACUUCUGCGCCCGCCGCGAUGCUGCUGUUGUCAACUACACCAAGCGGCGGAACAAAGGCCACAAGAGAUAGGGGGAGGCCGGCAACCACGCCUGCCAGGCGGACCUGUGGGCUUCUCCACCUGUGGUGGCCCUUGCCGUAGCUGAGCUUGGGAAGGAGCCUUCCCCAGGGAAGUCACUUUAUAUCUGACAGCGGGAAGAAUUUCACUUUUUUGAUGGGUUCUGCUCACCGCACCGCCGCCAGCUGAGGCCAAGCAGUGUUAGCGUGGGUGGGACAGGCACCAUGGCCAGGGCUGGUCCCGUUGGGCUGCUCCAUUUCUGCGCAAGCACCACAACCCCAGCCCCCCUGUUCCUGCACAGGCGCUGCAUGGAAGAGCUCCUGGUGGGGAAACUUGUGCACUUUCUGAUGUGAGAGGGUUUUCCGGGCGCUGCUGUUUGCAUUAGCACAGCUGCAGCUUUUUGAGGGCAUCAGUAGGUUUAAGGACUGUGUUUGCAGGGUUGUUUUUUUCUUUUUAAAAUUUCGUGGUUUGGUACCAGACCCUCUACCUGAAUGGAUAACAGCUUCACGUGUUUGUACCAGGUGAAAUUAAUUUGUUUACAAUUCCUUUACUUUUUUAGAAACCGACAUAGCAAAUAAGAAUUCAGAACUCUUUAUGCCUAAUGCUGCUUGUUAAGAAGCUGUAUUGUUGCUUGGCACAAUCUGUUUUCUCUCCUAUUUUGAAGGCAUCCCUAAAGAGUUAGACGUCAGCCUGUAUUUUACAAUAAACACCGUAAUGAAAACAAGUGGCUUUUUCCUUUCAGACUUCCCAGCAGCACUCCAGGUGUAAAACUGCCCAUUUCAAAAGCACAACACCUCCCAGAUUCCCCAUCGCUAAUCCAAAAAGUCACCAAGAAGCCUUUCCCCCCCAGACCUCAAUGAAACUUGGCCGCAGCCAUAACUCCCUGCAGGGUUUGCAGUGACACCCAUGCUGUGAUACCCAACCCUCCUCGGGUGCUGAUUGCACAGGGUCGCACCGGCCCCAGCCCAUUUUGAAGCUCUGAUGCCUCUUUAAUUUGUCUGUAGCCUCACAUCCCCAGACAGCGUGAGGCAGCCCCGCUUUGAUGUGGAAAGCAUCGGUGCUGCUGCACAAUUCUCCCAGGCACGAGAGGAGCGCUUUGAACUCGGGGCAGGGGGGAGAAAACCUGGGGCCAGCUGGGAACGUGCGUGCUGCUCCCCUGCUGCUCGGUGGGAGCCCUGGUGGGACCCCCCCAUCAGGCAGCCCCAGGGGUCUCAGCGCUGGGGGGAGCAGCGGUGCACACCUUGCACACGUGUUUUGAUGCUUUGUGCGCCCGCACCAUGAUGCUCCCGGUGCAAACACAGCCACUGCCCAAGGUGCAAAACACACACACGCUGGGAGCAGGGCUGACGUGAGUUUAUUCUUGCA